AUGGAGGCUACUGUUUCUACGCUGCACAAACAAAACUUUGACUUAAAGCUCGAGCUCUUCCACCGACGAGAGAGGCAAAGCGUUCUAGAAGAUCGAAUCGAAGCCCUGGAAGUAGAAAAGGCGCAGGUUGAUGACGUGAACGACAAGUUACUCGAUGAGCUGGAGAAAAGAGACAAGGCCGUCCAAGAGGCCGUUCAAAUGAUUGUGGCUCUCGAGGCACAGGUCGAAACACUGUUGCAAGAGCGCGAGAUGGUGCGACAGGUCGAUGCUGCUGGUUAUCCUCCGCUGAACGAUAUCGAGUCGAGACUCAAUGGGCCUACACCCAAGCCGAAGAUUGCAGACUUGGCCCAGCUUGAGGAGGACGCCAAGGCUCUUAACCGUAUGCCCAGCUUCAUGUCGGAUCGCACUGAAAAUACGGAGAACUUGCGCAAGGUCUAUCUUAGUUCCCGCGGCAGCAUACUCAGCUUACCUCGCAUCACGACAGAGGGCGUGGAGGAUAACGAUGGUCGUCGGAUGAACAGCCUGACGAGCCCGAGCCUCAGCGUUCUCAGCGAAAGCUCCUUUACAAGCGUCUACGGAGAGCGGGAGGACCAGGACGAGACCAUCGUGGCGGACCCGGAGGAGCCACCCACGAUGGAUGGUACCUCACUCCACUCUGAGCCACGCAAGCUUUCUCUUGGUGGUGACCUUACUCAACUCCACAGACCCGUAGCCAUGGCGCCGGUGAGGCCAGACAGAUCCAGUCGGUCUAGCUCUCUCAGCCGGGUACCGGGUCCCGGCCAGUUCCAGUCCAUCCACGACAUAAUCGGCCACUCAUCGCCUCUUCAAAAGUGGGCGAGACUCGAUCCAUCAUGCUUGGACAAGUCUCCCACCCAGGAGCAUUUCUCGUUUGCCAACCGAGGCCAAACGCACAAGUAUGUUAAGGACGCGAAGCGUGAGACUAUGCGUAGAGUCGUGACGGACGAUCCCAUGGCCAGGUCUAGCGAGCAUACCCUCCCGCCGACACCUGAUACAAUCUCAACGUCGACACUGCGCCGCUUUAAGAAUUCCAACGACACGUUAUCGCGUCAACGCAACGUCUCGGGGCAGAGCAGCUACCCUUCUGUUUCGGAUGGCACGUCUAGGGGCGACGAUGCCGACCACAUGGGAGGCGCCCCGGUCUUCGAGUCACCGCUGGUGUCCGCAUUUGGGAAUGGACCUGUCAGUGCCGCUCUCAGCAGCGCCUUUGAUACCCGCCCGCCGUUGAUCUCCCGCCCCAGAUCUGCAGGUGAGAGCACCGUCUCUCGCAGGGGACCUGACUGGGAAUCCGACAGCGAAUCCGUCCAUUCACUAGACUCGAGUCUCGACAUUUGGCUGCAGCAGGGCAAGGAACCCAAGGGAUACGACCGGAGCGAUUCUCCCGAUCUCUUCAACUUUCCUCCCUCCGGAGGAGGAUGGGCGCCGCACACCAUGUUCGGGUCGUCUGGGGGAACGUAUAGUGUUCCCGGCCUCGCGCAGCAGCCUACUAACCCAGUCGAGGACCUCAUGUCCGCUCAAGAAGCCUUGUUCCCAGAUGCCGUCCAUCCUCCGCCCGCUCCUAACAGGCGGUCCAGUCUGGGCGCGAAGACUGGGCCUACUUCGAGGAAUUCGCCCGUCCAUGGCAAGCUUCGGAAGUCGCCCUCUCGUAGCGGAUCGCGACGUAACAGCAGUGUUGAUGCGCAGACGCUCCAAGUAUCCCAGUCCGGGGCUCACACCCCCCAACAAUCAGAGUCGAAGGCUGCCUCGCGGUCGAAAGACAACCAUUAUCCACCUGCAUCUGGGUCAACACCGCGGGGGCAUAGGCUGAACUUCUUCCGUCGUUCAAUUGGUGGAGGAUCGGCGCUUCCGACGGUCGAGGUUGACGAGGUUCCUCAAUCAGCAUCGGCAGCCCCGAUGGGUGUUCCGUCGUGGGUACAGCGCGGCAAUUUGGCGGACGGCGAAAGAACCAGCGCGACUCCACCUCCGAUUAUGCGUAACCCCAGGCAAGGCCGCGCGGUGAGCGUUGACGAGGGCGCGCCGAUUCACGAUCGACCUCCCAUGACUCCAACGACACCUGCUGCUCACCACACGACUCUCACGCCUGUGUCUAAGGGAUCAGCUUCUGGCGAGACGACCCCUACGAGCAACAAUGCCAGUGGAGGGGCGCCAUUGAACAAGCGAAAGUGGCUGCCGGGCUUCAGUAGGACUAGCAGUCUUAGGAACCGUGCUGGCUGA